AUGGCGUCCACCUACACUCAGGAGCUUGAAGUGCUUAGAGAGAAGUUGAAGAAAGAGCAAAAUGGUGGGACAGAAAAUGGCGUUAUUGACGUGUUGGAUGAUUUGAAAGAGAAUGGGCUUGGUGAUAAGGCGGGUUGGAGUCCAAUAAAUGUCAACGGUCAAACUCUCAGUGGCCUUGGGAAAAUCCAGGAGGACCUUAAAGAGCAGAAUGAGAUAUUACCCGGACAAACAAAGGUCAUAAAUGAUGCCAUACUUGAAAUUAGGGGUGAACUUGCCAGGAUCGGAAUUGCGUUGAAACAUGAUUACAUCACUGAUGAUCUCACAGACGAGUUGACAUGGUUGGGAAAAACAAUUGGAAAAAACAAUCCCAGGGAUGGAACUGUUCAACGGAUUCAUGAUGAGAUUAAAAAGCUGCAAAAGGAGCAAUUUACUAAUAAACCCAGAGAAAUCGAUGAAGCCAACUCAGCAAUCAAACGAGAACUCACUGCCCUUCAAGGUGAGUUGCAAGGCACCAAGGACAAGGAUGUCAUAAAGUCACUGGAGGAUCUGAGGGACACUGGACUUGGCGGCGGUGACUGGAAAAAAGAACACAAUGAAAAAGGCCUCGCAAAAAUUAAUAGUGACCUUAAUUCUCAACAACAAAAUUUGAAGGAUCAACCCGGUGAAAUAGACCAAGGCGUCACCCAAAUCACCGAAGAGCUUAAAAAGCUUCAGAAGCAGUUGAACACUGACGUCACCGAUAAGCUCAAGAAGCUGAGAGAGCAUGGCCUUGAAAAAGGAGACCAACCAUGGAAUGAUAGUGAUUUCAAAACAGGCCUCACUAAAAUCACCGCAGACAUCGUUGCCAUAAAGGACGUUGACGUCGAUAACGUCAAGUAUCAUCUCGUCGCCCUGUGCAGUGCCGUGAAGCAUAACGCGGAAGAUGUGAGAGAGAAAUUAAAGGAGGUAAAGGAUAAUCUGAUCGGCGACUUGACAAAAAUAAAACACAAAUUUAGUGAUCUGCUGAGCGAGCAGGUGAGGCCUGUGAUAGCAGAGGUGAGAGGCUUUCUAAAAUUCCUCGACAACGGCAAGGCGCAACUCAUCAAAUACCUCACACAAUUCGUCAACAAGGAAAUCAAGGAAGCCGAAGAGAUAUUGAUCAAAGAGGCACGCCGGCAGUAUGUCUCCAACAUCAAGGAGCUGCUGGAGGCGUUCGCCCGGAAGGUGGAAGAGGAGCUGCGGGAGUUACCGAAUGAAAUUAAUAGAGAUCUCUACUUGGGCUACAAGGGGUUAAUAAAAUACAUGUAUGGCCCUUUGAGUUCCGAUUUCACGGGCCGUGAAGAGAGCGUUCCACAAUUAUCCUCUGCGUUCCGGGAGCUUUAUGAGCAAGUACAGACGUAUCUCCUGGGGGAGAUAGGAAGAGAGGCCGACGAGCAAAACAGGAAGGAAAAUCCUUCGCUCCCGCCGUCCGAGGAGCCGUACAACAGUAAGCUCAACGAGGUGUACGACGCGCUGACCAAGUUGCUCACGUACCUCAAAGACAACGAUACCUUCGACCACAGACUUCAAGCACUGCUCCGCAGCCUCACCGACGCGCUGAGUAACCUCAAGCCGGAGAGCUUCGCCAGGCCCUCAAGUCCCCUACUGGACGGCCUGGUGGAGGGGCUCACAAAGUUCACCGCCGAGUUCACAUGUGCGUACGUCUCCGCCUACGCCGGGCAGACGUUCACCGAUGAAGAAGGUGAGAAGUGCGCCAAGGUCUUUCUCACCACGCUGCCCACACUGUGCGACGCCUUCACCAGGCUGGCGGAGCAGUGCGGCAAAGGCGGCAAGUGGAGGGACUUGAAGAUUAAUGCAAGCAGUAAGCUCGGUGCCAUUUUCAGGCGCUGCGGCUACAAGGUCUCCGCCUCUCCCACUCUACAGGACGGCGAGCUGCGCGACGACUGCAACGGCCGCGACGUGUUUGUCCUGGUCAGCCAGAAGAUUGAGGAGACCCAUGACAACGAACACCUCAAAGAAUGCCUUCCCCUCACACACGGCUGUAAUCUUUUAGAUCUCCUCAAAUGCCUCUGCAACCACCUCCACCAGUACUACAGGACGUGCCACCUCAAGGUGCAUCCCUCACCCCGGCCGCCGUGUUCCAUCUACGAGAUGCUCACAUGGUGCUGCGGGCUCCCGCACAACGCUGUGCAUCUUAACGUCACCCAUGAUGCCCUGCCGUCACUGUUCGAGGCGGACGAGCAGGGCUCUUCGGACUCCGACGUGCCCUUGAUGAACCUCAGCAGCCUGGCGCUAGAGGCUCACCCGCAGCACAUCACUGUCACUUCCCUCACCGACGCACUCACGGAGGUCUGCCACCGGUCGCAUUCAGUGCUCACCACGUUACUAGGCUUCGGCCAUGCCGGAGGCAUCUACGCCUGCGACUUCAACACCAACCCCGGAGGCCUGCUGUACCCCGCCGACGCCGACGCUUUGCUCUGCCUGCUCUUCGACGUGAUCAGACGCCUCCACCAACAGCUCUACUUUAUGUACCGCCAGUGCACCUACAACGCCCGACACGGCGGAUGGCUCGACUGCUGGUACGGCCGGGGAGUCGGAGGCUCAGCGUGGAGGUGUAACUCAAUGCAGUGUGCCAACCAAAUGUGUGACCAACAGUGCAACCAAACACACAACCAAAUGUGUGACCAACGCUGUGACCAGCAUCCCAAGUGCGGCGUCAAGUCGCCGCUCCAGUCGUUCCUCGAGGAUGGCCUGGUGGGCUUCCUGCCGCAUGGCCUGUCGGCCAACCGCACGUGUGUCUCAUGCUCCGGCUGUGACACCAAGUCACCCGGCCUGCCGUGCAAGACGCCCAUGGGCCUCUCCAACAUUACCAGGCUGGCCUCUCGUGCCUCCACAGGCCGACGCAUCAUGGACGUCCUCGGCGCCUUCUGCGGCGGCGCAUCGUCGCCCCUCGCCAGGCUCUGCGGCUACCUGACUUGCCUCCUCACCCGCCCGCCCCGGACGCCAGACGACCUGUUCGCCUUCUACUACAACUUCAUAUGUGAGUGGAGUGACGGCGUUGAGCACCGUAAGGCGGCCUUCGAGGACGCCGUCGGCGACGCGUGCUUCCGGCAGCGGGGCGUGACACUGGACGUCAGUACAAUCUUCCGCACCAGUAACCACGGCUCAGUGCCGGAAAUGCCUCACCUCACCGGAGACCUCUUCUCACUCGUCAAGUGUAACGGCACUCCACGCUCCGCUCCGUCACACCCCUGCGGCCCCUACCUCAAGCCCCUCGGCCACGACGUCCGUGCCACCUUCUCCAAGGCACACGCCCACCUCUACCUCUCGUGGGUGGUAUACCUCACGGAGACGUUCUACGACCUGCUCUGUUCACUGCUGCAGGUCUGCGAGCGCAACUGCGCCGACGCCUCAGCCACCUGCCACGCCAGGAGCUGCGACAACCAAUGCACAGCCAAACGACGGCCAAUGGGUCAGGGCUCAGGGCACCUUGAUUCAUGCCCCUCCAUCGUGGACUGCGACGCCACCACGCCAACACUCUUCCAGUACGGCUUCGCGCUCAGGGACGUCCACACCCUCGCCGGAUCCACCAGCGGCCACCAGACCAAGCGCACCUGCGCGGAUUUCUGCCUGGCCCUCCGAGUCGCCGUCAAGCAGAUGAACCCUCUCCACAAGCUGGCGCACGAGACCAUUCCCGAGUUCCUCUAUCGCAUCCGUGCGCCCUUCCUCUUCACCCUGUUCACACUUUGGCUCACCGCCCUCGCCUACAUCCUCGUCUCACUCCUCUACCGCAUCGACGUCCUAAGCAUCCGCUCCCACCUCCUCACCUCCACGGCCUCCCACCAACUCGACGUCAAGGCCCUGCUCUCCCGAAGCCGCAGGAUUCUCUCGCUCUACAAAGACGUCGACUACUUCGACGACGACUUUCACUCUUGA